CACGCCGCAGCCGCCCGCACACACACUCACCCAACAGCGAAAGCACGGCACUGGUUGUCAGCAUUUCAAAGGAACUACUGCGUAAAUAGUGAUUUAUGAUUUUUAUUCCUGCUUGUAGGAUCUGCAAGAGGGCAACUUCGGUUUCCUAAGUUGUCGAACUUUUCACGUAGUUCAGUGAGAAAGUGUUUUGAGUGCACAUCUGUUCAGGGUCAAAUUUGACCCAUAUUUUGUAGGACAUCCUCGUGACCUUACCGUAGUAAUGGCGAAGAGAACUGCAACAACAGAACUGAACCAUGACAAUUGGUGUGAAGAAGACGAACCGGAGGCAGCAGGAGUAUUUAAACGAGCAUCAGACGAUGCAAUAAAGGGACGGCAAAUCAGGACAGCUAGACGCAGAGGUGUUGCAUCGGCCGGAACCGAUUCUGAUGCUCCUGAGGCCCAGUCUGUAUCGAAGAGUGUGUUUGCUGGAUUUACUGGAUUUAAUAAAAAGGCAGACCCAGCCCCUUCAAAGGGUCUGUUCAGUUUCCUUGCCGCAACUCCUAAUGGAAGUAGCCCUAAAGAGGACUCUGGAUCGACUGUCAAAGCCAUUCCAUCUCAGCCAGCUGUGACAUCUGAAAUUGAGAAGAAGUCUGUUAAUGGGAUUGAUAGUGUGUCAGAUCCCUCUGUUAAAACCAAUAGUGAUAAAGAAUACUACAGAAAAUUAAAGGGGCUCAAUGAAAGUGUAUCAAAAUGGAUAAGUUCUCAUGUGUCUAGUAAUCCGUUAAUUUUACUAACCCCUAUCUUUCGUGACUAUGAAAAACAUCUUGCUAAUAUUCAGGGCAAAGGGGAAAGUAAACCAGAAAAUUCAUCUGUCCAGCAAGAGCCAACAGGCACUUUUAAUGUCAAUAAGGUCUCUGACUCAAGUGCAGUAGCUGGCAAUAGCAAAACAGAAGACACUACUAAUAAGCCAAGUGAAGAGAAAAAAACCUUUAGCUCUAGUAUAUUUGGUUCUGCUGCCAGCAGUGCACCGACUGCAAUGUCAACCGCCACUUCAACAUUUAGCUUUGGCUCCGGCACAGCUCCUCAAGCACAACCACAGUUUCAUUUUGGUUCACCUACAACUUCUAGCACAACUGGCAGUACUCCAACUUUCAGCUUUGGAUCUGCCAGCUCAACAUCUCCAUCUGCAGGAUUUUCUUUUGGAAGUGGUAAACCUUUCACAUUUUCAAAUGUUGCUUCAAAUGCUGACGAGAAAAAGGAUGAUGAGGAAGAGGCUGAUGAGGACACCCCACCUAAGCCAGAUCAUAAGCCAGUAAAUGAAGAAGGAGCCACGUAUACUAAAAGGUGUAAAGUCUUUAUCAAACAAGGUAAAGACUACUCUGACCGAGGAAUUGGAAAUUUGUUCCUAAAACCAGUUGAUGGUGGAAAAACUCAGCUCAUUGUGCGGGCUGAUACAAGUCUUGGCAACGUGCUACUGAAUACCCUUGUGAGCUCAAGUUUACCUGUCCAAAGGAUUGGAACCAACAAUGUAGCAGUUGUUUGUAUACCUACCCCAGAUUCUCAGCCACCUCCAGUUACUGUUCUUAUUAGAGUGAAGACAAGUGAUGAUGCAGAUGAACUAUUUAACAAAUUGGAGAAGCACAAGAAAGAAGCAACAUAAAUUGGACUUAUUAAGCUUUCAGGUUUCCUUUUGACUGAGUUGACAACAUCUGAUUGUGAUGUAGAAGAAAGACAAAGCCUGAACUGGGCUAUUUGAUUGUUACAAUUCUCAAGUAUUCACUGUCCAAACAAGUUUGUCAAGUGUUUAAGAGAAGCUUUCUAUUUAUUGCACAUAAGUUUGACAAGACAAAACAGCAGAUGUUUGUUGCUAUCCCAUACCUACUAAAUCGUAGUUCCUCCAUUCAAUAGAUUAGUGUAUUGAUGACACUGUCAGCGUUGCACUGGAAGCAUUUCUUAAAUUUCCAUCUACCUAGCUCAAUUUCUAAAGCAUUAAAGGCAUCAAUUGUAUGUACUACGAAAUCAAUUUGACUCUUAUCAUAACCUUGAUUUUGUUGUAGUCUAUGAGAGAACUGUGAUUAAUUAAAAUUGUUAGAUUAAAAUUUUUGUUGAGUGAGUGAA